AUGUUUCUCACAAGGACUGAGUAUGACCGAGGAGUCAACACCUUUUCUCCUGAAGGCCGUUUGUUUCAGGUUGAAUAUGCAAUCGAAGCCAUCAAGCUAGGAUCGACCGCAAUUGGUUUGAAGACGAAAGAGGGUGUGGUCCUUGCCGUUGAAAAGCGUAUCACUUCCCCUCUACUGGAGCCUAGCAGCGUUGAGAAAAUUAUGGAAAUUGAUGACCAUAUUGGUUGUGCAAUGAGUGGAUUGAUUGCUGAUGCUCGUACACUGGUUGAGCAUGCUCGAGUUGAAACUCAGAAUCAUAGGUUCUCUUAUGGUGAACCAAUGACUGUAGAGUCCACAACUCAAGCUCUUUGUGACCUUGCUUUGCGCUUUGGUGAAGGUGAUGAAGAAUCAAUGUCUCGACCAUUUGGAGUGUCUCUCCUCAUUGCUGGCCAUGACGAGAAUGGACCUAGCCUAUAUUAUACUGAUCCUUCUGGCACUUUCUGGCAAUGCAAUGCAAAAGCUAUUGGUUCAGGAUCAGAAGGUGCUGACAGUUCUCUGCAAGAACAAUACAACAAGGAAUUAUCUCUUCAAGAAGCUGAGACUAUUGCUUUAUCCAUUCUGAAGCAAGUUAUGGAAGAGAAGGUUACUCCAAACAACGUUGACAUUGCCAGGGUGGCUCCAGCAUAUCAUCUUUAUACCCCUUCUGAGGUGGAAGCUGUGAUAAGUCGCCUAUGA